CUAGUUAGAUAGUAAAACAUGAGCUCCGAGGUGCUGGUGUCAAGACCGCACUAUGACGGCCGGGCUGUGGCUCAGGGGCUCCCGGGAAAAGACGCUCCUGCGGGGCCGGAGCUCCCGCAGCCGUCCUCGGGCUCAGCCACUGCCGGGUACCGCUCGGCUAAAUAUACCCCCAGCGAAUGGUUCUCCAACUACCGAGGCGUACUCGAACAGGCCGGUACCGACCACCACGAGGCCCGCAGCGUCCAGCGAGAGUCCAGAACCCUGAACCAGGACACGGAGGCGGCCACCGGGAAGAGCCAGGCCCGGGGGACGCGUCUGCUGGGGGAGAGGCUGCAGGAGAUCCACUACUGGAAGUCCGAGCUGCAGCGGCACAUGGAGCAGCUGCUGGCCGACACCGAGGCCCUGCUGGCGCUGAAGACGCGUCUGGAGAAGGCGCUGGACGCCACCGAGACUCCAUUCGCCAUCGCCACUGAUAAUCUGACCUGCAGGACCAGAAGACUGGGACCAGACCUGGUCCGAGACUCUGUGGAGGAGGAGCUGCUGAAGGAAGUGGACUUGAUCAAAAGUAUUCAGGCUCUUCUAAAGAGAACUGCAGCUCAGGUUGUCAGUCAGAUCAAGAUGAACAGAGAAGCCAAGCUGACGCUGGAGCUGGACUGGUCUGAUAAGUGCCAGGCCUACAACUUUGAUGAGAACGGUGGAAGACACAGCAACAUGAGUCCAGAUACGCAGCACCACCCCAGCUCAGCCGCCAUGCAGGAGCAGGUGUGCAACCACUCAUCAUGGACAAAGUUCACUCAGGACAACCUGUCAAAGGCCGUGCAGGAGGAACAGGCCACCAACAGCCUCAGAGUGCUGGUGGAGCGACUGCUGCAGGACACCACUGAAGAUCUGAGAGUGCAGUGCUCCACUGUCAACCGAGCUUUCAGCCAGCGCUGUGCGGAGCUUAUUGAGGCGAAAACCCAACUGGAAAUGAAGCUCGCACAGAUCUUGGAGCAAAUCGGAGCCCAGGAGAAGAACAUUGUGACUCUGCAGCAGGCCAUCCACAACAAAGAGGCUCCACUGAGAGUCGCUCAGUCCAGACUUUACCUUCGCUCGCUCCGACCCAACAUGGAGCUCUGCAGGGAUGAACCCCAGUUCAG